CAGGCUCGUGCACUGCGUAAAGGCGCGCAGCUGCAACAACUGCGCGUGAACCAGAAGUAGAAGCCUGCAGCUAAACACAAGUGGACUUCUGAGAGAUGGCUGUGCCGGCACCGUUUCUGGUGUUAUGUGCCUGUGUUUUGGGUUUUUUCCAUGUGGAGGCCACACCAGACACCGUGACCUCUCUGGAUUCUUCUUUCUGUCAUGGUGGACUAGAGGUCAUCUAUCCACAGCUGGACAUUGACAAAUGCCUCGUAAUUCCAAAGGACCUGAAACUCAGAGAAAUGGUCAGCACCGUUUGGAAAGCACCACAGAUUUACUUCUCUGGAGCACACAAGAAUAAGAUGUAUGUUCUGGCGAUGGUUGAUCCUGAUGCUCCGAGCCGCGCCAAGCCAACAUCUGCUCACUGGAGGCACUGGCUGGUCGUGGACAUACAGGGCAAUGCGCUCAAGAACGGACAGAUACGUGGGAAGACCCUCACUGACUACCAUCCUCCAACCCCGCCACAGAAAUCUGGUUUUCACCGCUACCAGUUCAUGUUGUUUGAGCAGCUUCCAGACGCACCAGUGUCACUCACUGAGCAGGAGAAGUCCUCCCGCGGUAGAUGGGAUCUUCAGGCCUUCAUCACAAGGUUUGGUCUGGGAGAGCCUGUGUCCACUCUGCAGUUCCUCACCCAAAACUACAAAGACUGAAGGAUGCUCAGAUGCCUGAAUGAAGAAUCUGUCAGUGCAAUAACAUAAAAUAAGAUGUUUACCCACUU